AUGUGUAGGGAGAGGCGAGGCCCAGCGUCUCCGCCUGGUGCCGGCUGUACGGAGUACAAAGCCCCGGCGUCCUGCGCCGUCGGUAAUGACCGGUGGGUGCCUCCUCUCGGGUACCGGCGGCCGCCGCGGUUGUGCGAGGACUACUGGUGGGAGUGGAAGCACUGCCGCGGGCUGCGGCACGCCUUCCACCACUACUACGCGCACGGGGAGCUGCCGGCCUGCGGCCGCUGGCGCGACGACUACGAGGCCUGCCGCGCCUGGGAGAGGGGCCGAGCCGCCGCCGCGCAGGAAGCUUUGUGCAAGAGUGAAAGAGCUCGAGUUAUGGAAAAACAGAAAUAUGCUCCAGUGUGGACGCUCAGGAAGAGUCCACCACCAGAGUGGUAUCUUCCACUUGACCAAGACAAACAAAAUUAGCAAGACUGUUUUGCUGUGUUUGGUCAGUAAUGUAAUGCACAGUGCAGAACUAUGCUGCGUUUUUUUAAUUCCAUGUCAUCUUGAAAUUACACAACUGUAGCUCUGUCCUGCAAUACUUUAGUACUCACUUAAAAAUACUGGGUGUUUAAAUAAACACCCAGUAUUUUUAAAGGGAGAAUUGAGGUGCUUAAUUUGAUUCUCAUCUCUUACUACUGUCUUACACUUUAGGAUUUCAUCUUGGUAGGCAACUCCCAAAUUAGUGCAUACAUGAUCUAGCUUCUCUUGUUAGACAAGCACCU